UGUGUGGCGCGUCUGUUGGCAAGGAAGCUUUUAGGGUGGCUGUGAAGUGCUUUGUGAGUGCUUUGAAGAGCCGCAGGGCUUCCUGGCAGCUGGGGGGCUUCUCUGCCCCAAAGAGUGCCCUCCCGGUUCCCAGCUCAAUGUGUGGUUGUUUUCUAGGGUGGAGAGAGCGAGCAAGAGGGAUGGCCGGCAGCGUUUGGGAGGGAUGAGCAGCCCUGGGGAUCCCCUCCUGGGAUCCCCUCCUUAGUAGGAGAAUGGCUCACCCCGAGCCCAGAGACGACAGGCGGGGGGCCUUCCUGCCACCCCACACCCACACCCACACCCAGGGGCGCAAGCAGGCGUGCCUAAUGUCUGAGAUUAUUCCCCAGGUAUGUUCAAGAGGUUAUCCAGCGUGGGCGCUUCUCGGUGAGGCCAGCCUGUGUGCCCGUGAUGAAUGUGGUGCCCGCCGUCUCCGACCUGGACCUCUCCGAGUCCGAGGUGAAGCCGGCCAAGCGGGCAAGUGGGGGCUCCUCCGCACCGCCCUGUGAGAAUAUCGUGGUGGCCUAUUAUUUCUGCGGGGAGCCCAUCCCCUACCGCACGCUGGUCAAGGGCCGUGUGGUCACCCUCGGCCAGUUCAAGGAGCUGCUCACCAAGAAAGGGAACUACCGGUAUUAUUUCAAGAAAGUGAGUGAUGAGUUUGACUGCGGGGUCGUGUUUGAGGAGGUGCGAGAGGACGAGGCGGUUCUGCCCAUCUUUGAGGAGAAGAUCAUCGGCAAAGUGGAGAAGAUUGACUAGCCACCCAGAGAGGGCUCAGGAGCCUCAGGGAAGAGCCAUGGGGGGGGCAUUCUUGUGGCUUCUCGCUGCCCGUUCCCCCCCCCACUUCCCGCAGCCACAGAGCACCUUUACUGAACCACUUUGCAAGGUGGGAUGGAAAACGAAUGAGGCAGGAUAACCCCCCCCCUCCCAUACCAGCACAAAUGGAACUGGGGUGUGUGUGCAGAGAAUGAUCCCAUACUCUCAUAUCCAUGGCAGGAUUAUUGGGGGUGGGGGAAGCACGUGACCCAAUUUGGGACGGGGCAGUCUGGAGCAACGAGGCUUGCAUUGGCGUUAGGCCUUUGGGAAAAGCUGCCGGGUCUUUCGAUUUCAGGACUUGCAUGUUCACUGGUUUAAGGCUGGGGGUGGGGAGUGUCUUUGCACACAAGCGGCCGACUGCAGUGGGUGGCAGAAGGUGCUCCCUCGAUCCGCAGGCGCCUCUCUCUGGGCAACGUGGGGACCUCGCUUUCUUGCCUGCGUCCAGCCUUUUGGGGUUGAGGGGGUGCAGCCUCCCCUCCCAGCUCUGAACGUCUGCCCUGGGCACCUGCCUGUCUUAAGACAACCCUUGGCACCAGGCAAUUGGGGGGGGGUCUGUGCGUGGCUGGCAUGGCCGUUGGGGCUGCCCCCGCCCCCCACCCGAGUCCGGCCUGCUCCUUGCGUCUGUCACCGAGUGCCUUCAAACACUGUCCUCUCGGCCGGCCUCCUUUGCUAGCCGGUCAGGAAAAGAGGGGCCGGUGGUUUCCUUCCCUCCGAGGCGCUGCUCUGAUCCCUCCCCUGGCAGGAUUUUUAACACGGAGGACCAGCCACAGCAGGUUCUUCGUGUCCCUUUCUUUUUCCUGAAGGGGGUUCCAUUGUAAAUAUGUACAUUUUCUAAACGAAGCACCAGCCGCCAGUGGUUGGGUGAAUGGCUGGCCUCUCUUGAACAUUUUUCACUUGCUGACUUGUACAAUUUAUCUUUUCAAAGGUACUUGGAUAAUAAUGGAAUAAAACUCUCAUGUUCCAAAG